AUGCAUCUGCAGCUCAAGCGAAUCCGAGCGGAGCAGCCAGUGCAGUCCACGCUUAAGGAGCGCAGCGCGGACAGGCUGCGUCUCUACCCAGAGCGCAGCGCGGACAGGCUGCGUCUCUACCCAGAGCGCAGCGCGGACAGGCUGCGUUUAUACAAAACGUUCGGUGAAGUCGCGCUCUGGCGCCCCCUCGAGGCCCUGAGCAUGAAACAAUGCCACCAGCAGGAGGCGAUCUGGGAGCUGCUUCAGACUGAGGCCCUCUACAUCAGGAAGCUCCGAGUCAUCACUGACCUGUUCCUGUGCACCUUGCUGAGCCUGCAGGAGUCUGGGCUGCUGCUCGAGGUGCAGCCCAAGCGGCUCUUCAGCAACAUCGGGGAGAUCCUGCAGCUGCACCGCGCGCUGUGGAGGGAGGUGAUGGCACCGCUGCUGGAGACAGCGCGCCGGGAACGGAGCGUGCUGAACCCGGACCAGCUGCACAGCGGCUUCAGCACCGUGAGGACACCGAGCACGCACACACACACACACACACACAGAGUGCACACGCACACACACACACACACAGAGUGCACACACAGACUGUCUCCCUCUGUCUCUCUCUCUCCCUCCCCCUGUGCUCCUCCUCCUCAGUGGGCAGAGACUCACAAGCAGUGUAACCGGCUCAAGCUGACAGACAUGCUGGUGAAGCCCCACCAGCGCCUCACCAAGUACCCGCUGCUGCUGAAGAGCGUGCUCAAGAAAACGCCCAUGUCGACAGAGCUGGAUUUGAACCCCUGUCUUCAGGAAGAGAAGGUUGUGGGAUUAGCCCACUGCACCACCAGCUCCCACAGGAAAGAGCUGCUCCACGCUGACCUCCUAAGAACGCUCCCCCCCUCCCCAGAUCCUGCGUGGUUUCUACUGUACACUCUUAUUAAACGCUCCCCCCCUCCCCAGAUCCUGCGUGGUUUCUACCGCUUCGAUCUCACCAUGCCCAUGAGGGGCACCUCCCCGGACGAGAGCCGGCAGCUGCACCUGGAGGGGGCGCUGCGCAUGAAGGAGGGCAAAGACAGCAAGAUGGAUGUGUACUGCUUUCUGUUCACUGACCUGCUCCUCAUCACCAAGCCGCUGAAGCGUGCCGAGCGAGCCAAGGUGAUCCGGCAGCCCCUGCUGUUGGAGAACAUCGUGUGCCAAGAGCUCAAGGACCCCGGAUCCUUCCUGCUGAUCUACCUGAAUGAGUUCCAGAGUGCAGUGGCAGCGUACUCCUUCCAGGCCAGCAGCCAGGCACUGAGCCAGGGCUGGGUAGAGGCUAUCUGCAACGCACAGACCCUGCUGGAGCGGCUGCGUGCUGAGGAGGUGCAGAGGGGGGAGGAGGAGGGGAAGGGACGGGACCCCGAGAGCGGGACCUCCACAGCCAGCUCCCCCAGUACGACUUGCAGGAACCAGAGGGACUCCCAGCACAGCUCCACGGAGACGAUCCAGGUGGAGGUGCAGGACGCGGGCAGCGAGGCCUUAUCAUCGUCCCCCGAAUCGGAGCGGGGGGGUCCCUUCAGCUCCCCCUCCGAGGGGGAGACCGCGUCGCUGAGCACCAACUCCAUCUCCUCCGAGACCCCCACACUCGCACAGAGCCCCCCGCGCUUUCAUGUCCCGCCAGCAGAGGAGGAGAGCAGCCUGGCCACGCAGGGGUCCAGACCAGCCAGCCGGAGCAUCCCCGUUCCCACAGCCAGCUGCAUCCGCUCAGCCUCCAUUGACAGCGCCUACGGGACCCUCUCCAACGCCUCUCUGAUGAGGAGGAGAGAGGAGGAAGGGGAGACCGAAGAGGAGGAGGAGGAGGCAGAGAAGAGCAAGGCCUCCAAUCACCCCCAAAAAAUCAGACCCUCCUCUUCCUCGUCGUCCUCCUCCUCCUCCUCCUGCACCCGGCUCUGCCACCAGCCCCCGGUCCAGCCUCGAACCCUGUGUCAGCGGACCGGCCCCCUGCAGUCCAAAUCGGAGGCCAACCUGCUGGAGCUGGCAUCCCGAAACAGGCUGCAGCAGAGCGGAGGAGUGGGAGGGAUGGAAGGAGGAAGCGCCCUGAGCAAGAGUCUGACCCAGCUGUGCGACACCCAAGCGGGCACUGAACCGAGAACACAGCCUGCUUUCUAUCAGGAAGAGGAGGAGGAAGGGGGGCAGUGUAAGCACUGUGGCAGGACCAGCAGGGUGGCAGACUCCCUAAAACGGGGGCAGAGGGCAGGUAAAGCUCUGGGCAGCAGCUGUAGCAACAGCAGCAGCGGCUCUGAGCUCUCGGAGGGAGAGGCCGGGGAAACAGCGCACCACACAGCCCGGGAGGAGCACUGCAGCUGCCUUUGCACACAGGGUGAUGUCACAGCCCCCAGCCCCACCCUCAGCCCACACAGCCAAUCCCUGAGUGAACACGCUGGCGGUGGUGUUGCCGUGGAGACCGGAGUUGCCAAGCAGACCCAACACAAGAAGCUGACCCUGGCCCAGCUGUACAGGAUCCGGACCUCGCUGGUUCUGAACUCCACGCUCACAGCCUCGGAGGUGUAGCCGGCGCUCCGGGUUGGGAAGCUGCUCCAGGGAACGGCGAGCGAUCCUGCCGCGUCUCCGAGAGGAAUUUCAGACGAGGGAGACGCAGCUCGCAGCAGGACUUGUGACUCAGCGACGCAAAUGCACUGAAAUGGGGGAGGGAAACUUGAGCCCCCCCCACACUUUUUUUCUCUCUUUAAUACUAAAAAUACUUUGUGUGUGUGUGAGAGGCACAGACAUGACUGUUAUUAUUAUUAUUAUUAUAACAACAGUAAUAUAAAUAAGACUGCUUUCCUUGACGUUUUGCACUUUGUAACAUUGAGGAGUUUAAAAAGACCUGUGUGAGGAGCAAUACAAAAAUAGACCAAAGAGAGAGAGAGAGAGAGAGAAAGAGAAAGAGAGUGACGUCUCUGAAAGUUUCAGACACUGAAAUACAAAAAUUGGAGGAAACAGAAGAUGAACUUUGACCUCUCUGAUCUGGGACUGCCUUCCGAGAGCAGGACACUGCGGUGACCUGAGGACAGACAGAGACAGACGGACGGACUGAGGGAGAGAGGAGGAGAUUGGAAAUCACGAUUCACUUUCAAACUAACCACUGCAGGAGCGGAGAAGCUUCACUGUGAUUGCACUGUGGAGACACAGCACAGCAGAACUGCAUCGUUUGAAUGUCCUGCUGAUGAAAAGAGAGAGAAAGGUUUGUGCCAGCUAAAAAUAAUAAUAAUAAUAAUAAUAAUAAUAAUAAUAAUAAUAAUAAUAACUACUGUGUUUACAAUCUAAAGCUUUGUUCUUGGGACUUGAAUGUCACUCGCUGGCUGUAAUCCUGCAAUCACACGAUGUACAGUUAAUACAAAAACGAAAAAUCAGACAAGUGCCCUGCCUUCAAGUCUGGAGGCGGCUCUAAAGCCACGGCUGAAACACUGGUCUAAUUUUAGCACCCAGCUCGGGUUUGGCAGCCAGUAUUGGGGUAUUGGGGUAUUGUGUUCUUUAGAAAUGAUCCCACCCCCUCCAAGCAGGAACCACAGGCAAUGAGAAAACUGAAAUUAAAAACCCUGUUUCAAAACUAAACCGACCUGCUGUGGGAGACCAGGUUUGUUCCUGGAGCCUCGGAACUGAUUCCUGAAUCUUGGAGUUUUAUUAAAACACUUGAAACAGCCACAUUGUCCCUUUAACAGUGUCCCCGUGUCCCCUCUCCUGAGAAAGCUUCAAGACUCCUGCAUUUUGUUUAGUUUAUCUCCUGUAGUCUAGAAAGCCACAGGCUCUUUGUCUCUAAAAGGCUGCUAGAGUAAGAGCACAGUGACAGCACGGUACAGCACAGGCGAGCAUUGUAAAGAACAGCGAGGGAUGGUACAGCAUAAUAGUAAAGCAGGGCAGACUAUGGGAAAUGCAGAUUCUAUCCAUGGGAAAGCAGGGGGUGGAAGCGGCAAAGAUACUGUGGUAAACUAUCAGGGAGCGGGCAGCGCAUCACUGAGCACUCACCUGGGCUCCAUCAGCCAGCGUCUGCAUACAAAAGCAAAUGCCAGCUAGUGAUCUGCCACGCGGCACCACACUCCUUUGGUUUCCACGACAGGCAGCUGCAGCUCCAGCCAAACCUUUUGCAUCCCCUGGAGCUCUAGGAUUGAGACGAUCGUUUUUUUUUUUUUUGAUAAAAUCACUCAGGACAACGGCAAUCAAUCAAAGACAUUUUAAACGUGGAGCUUCCUGCAGAGGGAGGGAGGCGCGGCCACUGGAACAGCCCUCGGUGGAUCAGCUCCCUCCCUGUCAAUGGAAGCUCAGCUUCAUUGUCUAGUGGGCAGAGGACAGAUCAUCAUCAACUCACGCAAAAAGGGCUUUGUUUUUUUAUAAUCCUUUUGGUAUUGUGCUGCCUGAAAGCUAACAGUUUCAUUCAUGUUUUAACGAUGUAAUUAAAGUGUUGUAUUUAUUAAACUCAUUUUGUUUGUUUUA